AUGCACAUCAUGACAGUCAAGCAGCGGGGUGUAUGGGCUAUAUUGCUCUGGCCCUACCUGCUUACCGUUAGCAUCCCACUGGACUGUAGGGAAGAGCAGAGUAGCCUCUCCCGCUGCCCUUCCAUCUCCCAAGAGAAACUUCUAGACCGAGUCAUCCAGCAUGCUGAGCUAAUAUACCGCGUCUCAGAAGAAUCAUGCUCUUUGUUUGAGGAGAUGUUUGUCCCGUUCCCAUUGCAGCUCCAGAGGAACCAAGCUGGUUAUGCAUGCAUCACCAAAGCCUUACCCAUCCCCAGCUCCAAAAGUGAAAUCCAGCAAAUAUCUGACAAAUGGUUGCUCCACUCUGUGCUGAUGCUGGUUCAGUCGUGGAUCGAGCCUUUGGUCUACCUGCAGACCACAAUGGAUCGCUAUGAUGGCGCUCCUGAAAUGCUGCUUAACAAGACCAAGUGGGUGUCUGAGAAACUGAUCAGUCUGGAGCAAGGGGUGGUGGUCCUCAUCAAGAAGAUGCUGGAUGAGGGAAUGAUGACCACAACAUACAGUGAGCAAGGCCUAUUCCAGUAUGAUGUGCCACCAGAGAUGCUGGAAUCUGUUAUGAGAGACUACACCUUACUCAGCUGCUUCAAGAAAGACGCCCAUAAGAUGGAGAUUUUGCUCAAGCUUCUCAAGUGUCGACAAACUGACACAUACAACUGUGCAUAA